CAAACAGACGGAUGAAGAACGUAACAGCUUGGUUUGUUAUGGAUGUGCACAGAAUUGGCACAAAAAAACUCACCACUAGCAAUCCAAAAAUUAAUUAUACAAAAAGUUUAUCCUUUCAGCUUACGCCUCUAUUUAUCGUGAGAUUUGUCUGUCUCGUCGUGAGACCGUGAGAUUGAACUGAAAAUCGUGAGUCUCACGACAAAAUCGUGAGACUUGAGAGGUCUGUAAGUCAAGGUCAACCAACCAAUGGUAAUUCGAAAGAUAACAACCCUUAACUUUCUUUCACCCCUGCAAAACGGGACAAACGGGGAUCAAGAGAGGUAAUCGCUCACACAGGUGGUCCACACAAAAUAAAAAUAAAGGCUCCAUAGAGUAUCGGUAUUAUAAAGAAACGAUAAAAAUGUACAACAAAUCCCUCAAAAAUACCACUGACAUUGAUUUCGGGAGAUAAACAUGGUUUAAAGUUUUCAUGAAAGAUCAUUUGGCCGUUCAGUGUAGGUGAAGGACUACACCAACAAGCCGUUAGGACUUAGUAAAGGGUAACCACGACUGCUUAAUAGAGGUGAAUAAUUAAUUAGUUAGGUAAUAGAAAUUUCGGGAUUUUGACAACUGACUGCUUACCGUACGCGUGACCACUUAGUACGGUGCUGCUUUUCACAAGUCCAAUUUUAAUCAUUUUGAUAAAGACAACUGCUGUAGGCAUACACAAAAAGUAUUGUGCAAUAAAUGGAAAGCCACUGGCCAUACUCGUGCGGUACCACAAAACAGCAGACACGUCCGUCGACAAGUAUCGGGGACUGACAAGAGCAGGAAAUCGCCCUGCCGGCACAAGAGAAAAAAGGAAAAAUCCUUCGAUGAUCUAGGAAAUUGAGAGGCUCAGGAUGACUAAAACUAAGCUAUACACUUUAGCCCUGAUUCGAAGUAACAGUAACAUUCUUCUUGGAAUGAAAAAGAGAGGAUUUGGUGUGGGACGGUGGAAUGGUUUUGGCGGGAAAGUGCACUCAAAUGAAACAGUUUUGGAAGCGGCGAAGAGGGAAUUACAUGAAGAGUCUGGUCUUAUGGUAAAUGAACUGCAGGAGGCUGGGACUUUAAGGUUUGAAUUUAUUGGUGAAACUGAAAUAAUGGAGGUCCAUGUAUUCACCACAAAUAAGUUUGAAGGAACACCAACAGAAUCAGAAGAAAUGCGGCCUCAGUGGUUUCCAAUCUCAGAGGUUCCAUUUGAUGACAUGUGGCCAGAUGACAUUCUCUGGUUUCCAUUCCUGUUAAAAGGACAAAAGUUCUCUGGAUAUUUUAAGUUUAAAGGACACUCAGAAAUACUUGAUUAUACACUAGAGCCAGAAUGUUAAGUUUAGCAUGUUUUCAAAUACUAACAUAGAAAGGUAAAUGUUCAGGUGUAGCAUUUUAACAGGGUUCUUAAUGGUACAUAAACCAUUCAAAAUCAAUGUAGUGUAACUUAAUGAAUUGAAAAUGAAGAAUCUUUACUAAUACAACACAACACUUAAAUGAUUUGUUGUUAAAAAUGUGAUACUGAAUGUCUCAGCUCCAAGUUAAAUCCAGAUUGGUUAAUUAACCUGGUUAAAACCAGACUGAGUGUACUCAGUCAAUGCUUUUGGGUUAAUUUCAGAGAAGAAAUUGUCUGCAACAAUGACUUCAUAUUCUUUUACUACAGGGUUUGCAAAUGCCUGUCACAACUAUUUAGUUGUGUGAUCAGAAUUUGCAAGUACAACUUCCAAAUUUAAAAGCAGGGCUCGAAAGUAAUUUUUGGAGCACUAACCCUUUGGGUCAGUAGACAUCUUUUUUGCUAACCAAAUUAAAAAGAUUAGCAUCCAAGCUCACAAGUUACGAUAUCUCAAAUAUUCAA